AAUUGUAAAAAAAAACUAAAAUGAAUACCGAAGAUUUUAGAAAAUACGGAAAACUUAUGAUUGAUUAUAUCUGCGAUUAUUCAGAUAAUAUCGAAAAACGUGAUGUCGCGCCUACUUUAGACCCUGGAUACCUGAAACGUUUAAUUCCUGAUGAGGCGCCAAUAAAUGGUGAAAAUUUUGAAAACGUGCUGCAAGAUGUUGAAGACAAAGUUAUGCCUGGCGUUGUUCACUGGAAUCAUCCAAAAUUUUUUGCAUACUUCCCAGCUGGAAAUUCAUAUCCUUCAGUUUUGGGUGAUAUGUUGAGCAGUGCUCUGGGAUCGAUUGGCUUUUCAUGGGCAUCUUGUCCAGCAUCAACAGAAUUAGAAACAAUCGUCCUCGAUUGGUAUGCUAAGGCCCUAAAUCUUCCUAAAGCCUUCAUAACCGAUUCCCCCGGUAGUAAAGGUGGUGGUGCCUUACAAGGAUCCGCAUCCGAAUGUACACUCGUUUGUAUGAUUGCUGCCCGUGCUCGUGCUAUCCAAAGUCUCAAAGGCAGUGAUAGUGAAUGUCAUGAGAGCGUAUUUCUGCCACAAUUAAUUGCCUACGCUAGCAAAGAGGCACAUUCCUCAAUUGAAAAAGCAGCCAAAAUGGCUUUAGUUAAACUAAGACUCAUCGAUGCUGAUGCCCAUGGACGAUUGAGAGUUGAUCUUCUCCAUCAAGCCAUACAAAAUGAUUUAAAUGCAGGAUUGAAGCCAUUCUUUGUUGUGGCCACUGUUGGUACAACUGGUGCAUGUGCUUUUGAUAAUCUCACAGAAAUUGGCAAAGUUUGCAGUGAAGUACCAAGUAUUUGGUUUCAUGUGGAUGGAGCUUAUGCAGGAAAUUCAUUUAUUCUUCCUGAAAUGAGAAUUUUUUCAAAGGGACUGGAAUAUGCUGAUUCUUUUAAUACAAAUCCAAAUAAACUACUGUUAGUUAAUUUUGAUACUUCAGCAAUGUGGGUUAAGGAUGUUAUGACUCUAAAGACAGCUCUUAAUGUCAAUCCCCUUUACCUACAACAUGAACAUGAUAAGGCUAUUGACUAUAGACACUAUGGAAUUCCAUUAAGUCGACGUUUUAGAGCUCUUAAAUUGUGGUUUGUGUUCAGGUCAUAUGGUAUCUCAGGACUCCAGGCUUAUAUAAGUAAUCACAAGACUUUGGCAAAGAAAUUUGAAAUUCUGGUGAAGAAGGAUGAACGAUUCGAAGUUCGAAAUGAUGUGUAUCUGGGAUUGGUGUGCUUCAGAUUACGAGCUGCUGAUAACAUCAACCAAGAACUUUUGGCUCAAAUCAAUCAUUCGGGCAAAAUGCAUAUGAUUCCGUCCAUGGUCAAUGGAAAAUACGUCAUUAGAUUCUGCGUAACAUAUGAACACGCUACUGAACAGCAUAUAGUCGAUGCAUGGAACCAAAUAAAAGCCUUUGCUAGUGAUGUUCUGCGAGAUGCCAAAUUGGAAUUACCAUUGAAAGAGCCUGUCCAGUUGCCAAAGAACAAACUCACACGAAACAAAUCACUGCGAUUCUCAUUCACACGCAGCAUAUCGCGAGAAAUCUACGAAAGCCAAGGAGAUCAUCUCAAAGACGGUUGCACACCAAUUCUGGUGGUUGACUCAGCAGCGAUAACACAAAGCUUCAUCAAGGCUAUGGAGAAUUCGAGUAAACUAAAGGAGAUUGCCGAUGUGGACACUGACGAAGCUAGUAAUUGAUCCAUACGAAUUAUACUGCAUAUCUUAUAGUAUUUAAUUUAAUGUACAAUUAAUUUUAAUAAUUUUAAUUUAUCAUAAUAAUCAUUACUAAAAACAAAAAAAAACAAUCUACUCGUAUUAUACCACAAUAUAAUGAUGUUCCUUCAUAUCAGUAUAUUUUAUAUAUGAAUUUAUUUAUUUAUUUGUUAUAAUAAUUCAUUUAAGCGUGCAUGCAUCCUUGACAUUGAAUUUUUUUUUUGUAUAUUAUUUAGUUUUGUAGAUUUAUUUGAAUGUGUAAAUAAUGAUAAGAAAUGUAUAGAAAAUAAAGACCAAGAGCUUAAACUCAAUUGAAACUAAA